AUGAGAUGUGCAGACGGAAUAGAUUUAAUCGAGUUGAAGCAUGAGUUCGUUCUACUUAAGUAUCAUCGUUGCGAGAAGCUCUUCAAGAAAGCAGAUGAACUGCCAGUUACCUUAAUAUAUCUGUUAGGAACGGCUUCAGGUAACCCAUACAAGAAGCUAUUCGAUGAUCUUCUAUGGAACUAUAACAAGUUAGUAAGGCCAGCUCAACAUGCAAACGAAACUAUAAUCAUUGAGUUCAAACUGAAGAUGGAUAUGCUGGUAGAUGUACAGGAGAGAGAUCAAGUGUUAACGGCUAACGGCUGGCUUCUUCAUCGUUGGCAUGAUUACCGACUAGUGUGGGAUCCUGAACUGUACGGAGGUGUACGACAAUUUCAUAUACCUGGCGAAAUGCUAUGGCUACCCGAUAUAAUACUUUAUAACAAUGCUCAUGGCAGUCCCUGUGUCGUUUCCAUAACAAAAGUACUUGUGCAGUACAAUGGAAUUUUGAUCUGGGAGCCACCUGUAAAAUACAUGUCCUUCUGUAAUAUAGACAUUGAAUGGUAUCCAUACGAUGUACAGCUUUGUGAAUUGAAGUUCGGUAGUUGGACCUAUAGCGGGACGGAGUUGGAUUUACGCCACCCGAAGACUGAUGAAGUAGAAAAAAUUGUUGAAAAUGAUGAACUUGUGUGGCACGUUAAGCGUGGCGUUGAUAUAUCAGAUUACCAGGAAUCAGUUGAAUGGGAUUUAUUAUCAGUAGCUGGUCGUCGGCAUGAGAAAUGGUAUCCUUGUUGUGACUACCCAUCAAUAGAUCUCACGUACUAUUUACAAAUACGAAGAAAGAAGCUGUUCUACACUGUUAACCUUAUUGUACCCUGUGCCAGUUUGGCAGCACUAACUUCAUGGGUCUUCUACUUACCGUGUGAAAGCCAUCAGAAAAUACAAUUAUGUAUUUCUCUGCUUGUCUCUUUUACCAUAUUCAUUCUGUUAUUGAUUGAAAUAAUACCGCCGACCAGUAUCGUUAUCCCUUUACUAGUCAAAUACUUGACCUUCACUAUGGUUAUGGUGUCUCUAUCAGUAAUCACUACAGUGACAGUUCAGAACAUUCAUUUCCGAACAUCGAGCUAUCCUAUGUCACCUUGGAUGCGUAAAAUAUUUAUUGAUUGGCUCGGUCCGAAGUUAUUGAUUUCUAGAAAAACCGAGCAAGCGAACUAUCAUCGUAGAGCUCAGCACAACAAAAAGUUGAACGCUCUCUCGGCAAUGGUAAUACUGGAGCGUCAAUUUCAGAAAACUAUUUUCGAAAUAGAAAUGGCCACGAAGGCCAAAAAGCCACUGCCAACAGUAAACGCUUUGUUUGCAGACUUCCCUUUGUUGGCGAGGUCUAAGAGCAUGAAAACAUCAUUAUUGAAAGGACUAACAAGCGACCGCAAAAGCCUUCGUGUUCGUCGACAACUUAGCACAGACUAUGCGUCUACAGCAGGGGAUGAACUUCCAGAAAAAAAAACGGCAACAGAAGAAUCUGUCAGAGACACCCUUAGAAGAGCCGAGCGGAAUGUUAACUAUAUUUCCCAAACCCUCACAGAACGACGAACAGACCAAGAGGCUGCAGAAGACUGGAGAUUCGUGUCACUUGUCGUGGACAGAAUUCUUCUAUAUAUUUUUGGAAUAACCAUUUCUGUAACUUCUUUAGUUGCAGCAUUGGCAGCUCCAUCCAUUUUUGAUACAACCCCUCCCAUAUCCACAAGAUAA